GUUGUAUGCUGAUUUUUUGCUUGUGUCAAUUUCCUACCAGCAUAUUGUCUCACGUACGAGUGGGCACGGAACUCUCGUCAUAAACGUAUAUCGACGCACCAAGCCUUGCGGGACGAAUUUCCCGAAAGCUACGAUGCUUCGUAACAUGCGGAUUCAGAGAGAGCUGGAGAUGCUCAACUCGCAAUUGCCUCCUGGCAUCGUGUGCAACCCGGUCGCCGAUAUGUUGGACAGCUUUGAAGCUGCCAUCACCGGAGCAAGCGGAACACCGUACGAAGGCGGAACCUUCAAACUCAACAUUCGCAUCCCCGAAAGGUACCCGUUUGAGGCACCCGGCAUGUUCCAGACACCGGUGUACCACCCCAACGUGGACUACGGCCGCAUCUGCCUAGUGCUCCAGAUGCCACCGAAGGGUCGCUGGCGGCCAUCGCUGAACCUCAAGGUCGUCCUCCUGUCACUUCACGCCCUGCUGGCACAGCCAAAUCCUGAUGAUCCACUUGUGCCAGAACUUGCUGACCAGUUCAAGUACCAGAGGGAAGUGUUCAACAGGCUGGCCGCUGAACACACGCGACGCCACGCCAUGGGCUGAACCUUCAGCACGCCGACCUAGUCUUGUUCACACUGCGCCCACUUGGGCCAGUGGGUUUUCCUUGUUUCAUCUCCAAGGAGAUCGGGAACUAAGAAUAAGUUCUUGUUCAUACUCCGGUGCACUUAUUUAUUUUAGA